ACUGUCCCCGUUUACUGCUCUAUUUAGGCAUUUCGUUUGUUUUCCUCUUCGUAAUCGUAGCGGGAUCUCUCUCUCUUUCUCUCUCUCUCUCCAAAAUACAAACAUAGAGUAUAUUCUACAUUGAUUUUCUCUCUCCAUGUAUCUUCUUCAUUGGUAAAACUGUUGAUCUUUCAGAAGAUCUAACUUGCUUUGUAGUUGCCUCUGAUCAGCCAAAAGGGGAGACCUCGUGAAGAUCUCUCUGCCUCUGUUUUUGCCAUAACCGUGAGUCUCCGCCCUUCUGCCCCCUUUAUCAUCCGUAAUUCUCGUCCAUUUUUCUCUUUUUGCUGUUUCUCUGCCACUUUUUUAUUAUUCUCCCCCUUUCGCCUUUUGCAUUUGCUGCAUUCGUGUUCGUUUGAUCGGUGCCGGAUCUUGAUCCUAUUUGAGGAAGCUUCAAUUUGUAAUUCAGUUAUGCGUGUUGGGUAUUUGAAAUUCUGGAUUUGGAUCCUGUAAGGGUGUUUUCCUGUUAACUUCCUAUGGAAAAUAUGGAUGUCGAGACUGUCAAAUCAGAGUUGGCCCCAGUUUCCCUGGAAUCUGGGAAUGAAGAUAGCAACUCCUUGGCACAUGAUAAAGAAAACGGGACAGUGCAUGAGGGAUCUAGGCCUAGUGAACCAAUGAAGGUUGGCUCUCAAGGUAUCGAUGAACAAAAAACUCAAGAAGGAAACAAUGCUUCUGAGGCAAAUUUACCUAAAGAUGCAGCUGAUGAAUGGCCUGCACCUAAUCAGAUCCAUUCUUUUUAUUUUAUCAAGUAUCGAUCAUAUGAGGACCCAAAACUGAAAGCCAAGUUGGAUCAGGCUGAUAAAGACAUUCAAAAGAAAACUGAAGCAAGGUCUCAGCUUAUUGAGAAACUAAGAGCAAAAAGGUCAGAUCGAGCUGAGGUGAUUGCACAAUUGAAGCCUCUAAGCAUCGAGAAUAAGCAGUUCUGGACAGUCGUGAAUGAGAAGAGAAAAGAGAUUGAACCCCUGCAGCAGGCGCUAGGCAAGUUGCGUGGCACAAACAGUGUUAACCGAGACAAGAAUGUUGCUCUAUGUUCUUCUGAGGAAGAGCUAAAUAAUCUUAUCAAAAGCUUGCAUUAUCGUAUACAACAUGAAAGUAUCCCACUUGCUGAGGAGAAGCAACUCCUGAGGGAAAUUAAACAGCUUGAUGGGACUAGGGAAAGAGUAGUUGCUAAUGAUUCUUUGAGGGCAAAGAUUCAGGAUUCAAUGGGUGAGAAAGAAGCCAUUCAGGACCAGGUUAAACUCAUGGGAGUCGAUCUGGAUGGAGUCAGAAAGGAACACCAGGUAGUUCAAUCCAAGCUUAAACAACUUACUGAUGAAAAGGAGGCCAUAGAAAAAGAAACUAAAUCCCUAGAAGUGGAGCUGACAGAUCUGACAGGGAAGCGGGAAAAAGCUUAUGAAAGUUUUCAAGAAUUGAGGAAACAACGCGAGGAGGGGAAUUCUUGCUAUUAUCAAAAUCGUGCACUCUUGAACCGGGUCAGAGAACUUGCCACAAAGAAGGAUAUUGAAGCCCUUGAAGAAAUCAGAAAUGUGGAGGUUGAGAAAUUUCUGUCCCUUUGGAACAGUAACAAGGCUUUUAGACAUGAUUAUGAGCAAAGAAUUUUGCCAUCAUUGGACAUUCGGCAGUUGAGCAGGGAUGGACGGAUGAGGAACCCGGAUGAGAAGCCAUUGGUAUUACCAGAGCCAACAACUUUCUCUGAAACUGGGACUGUCACAAAAAUCAAUGUAAAGCAACCGAAAGAAAAUUCUAUUUCUUCUCUAAAACAUGAUACUGCACUUGCCGAUAAGGUCCAGAAAGAAACAAAAAGUAAACCCCAGAAAGAAGCAAAGAAUAAUCCAACAGAUUCGGGAACCAUUUUGGAGCCUGCUGACUCGGAAGGCAAAGGGAGAACCUCGGAGUCUGAAAAAACCCAGAAAGAUUUGAACUCUAAUCAGAAUAAAGUGGAUGAAGCAAAGCUGAAGGAGAUGAAAAGAGAAGAGCAGAUUGCAAAAGCGAAGCAGGCCUUGGAGAGGAAGAAGAGAUUGGCAGAGAAAGCGGCUGCAAAAGCAGCGAUCAAAGCUCAGAAGGAGGCUGAAAAGAAAAUGAAGGAAAUUAUUCUCGAGUAUCUUCAUAUUUCAUAUUUUGUAGGGGUUGGAAAAUGUUCAACUAAUGGAUAGGAUUUGUUUUCAAUCCACAGGAACGUGAGAAGAAGACGGCAAAGAAGAAGGCUGCAGCUUCUGCAGCCGCUUCUGAAGACGUGGAACAACCAACUGAAGCAGAAGCGGAGGCUAACGAACCAGAAAAGGAGGGUGAUGAAGAUGUUGAAGCCCCAGUUCCAUCAAAAAAUAAGGAUCGGAAAGAGAAUGGAAUCAGGUACAGGAAUCGAACAAAAGCCCCCGAUUCAGUUGCCAAACUUAUACUCAAGCGGAAAAAAACAACUAACUACUGGACAUGGGCUGCUCCUGCUGGUCUGUCUCUACUUCUGAUGCUCUUAGUGAUCGGAUACAAGCAUUUUUCCUCAAGUAAUUAAGAAGAAGAAGUACAACAACUAAGCCAGCGCGUUUAUUCGUUUGUUCUAUUUAUUUUUUUCAUUCUCUCAAAAAAUCAUAUUGUUGGUAGAAACAGGCAGUCCUAGAUACUUGCAUUACAUUUUGCUUUUGCUCCGGCGUCCGGUGGUUUAGCUUCAAACUCGAACUUUUUCCUGAGUGAAUUGAAGGCUUGAGAACCUUUGUCUCUACAAGAUGUUCUUUUGGUAAUUUUAGACAAACUACACAAAUAAAUGUUUUGAUGUUUGCUUGAA